AUGCGUUUGGUGUUCGCGAAAACAAUAUUCUUAAAAGUAAAAUAUAUAAUUAUUAUCCUAUUAUUUGUAUCUGUGUAUAUAUUUUACGUGACAUUUAAAAAUAAUUUUGUGCAUAAUCUACUGAGUACAAGAACGAAGCAGUUAUCUUCUGUUAUUUUACCAAAUAUCGUGGUUCAUCUGGAUUUCAAGGGAGCCCCACCGAAGUUGCAGUACUUAGAAUCACUAUUACCGUUGCUAAAAUCACACGGCGUAAAUGGACUGCUAUUAGAAUAUGAAGAUAUGUUUCCGUAUGAAGGACUUCUGGCCAACUUGAGCGCAAAGAACUGUUACAACAAAUAUGAGCUCAAACAAUUUAUCGCUAAUGCACACCGAUUUGGCUUUGAAAUAAUUCCUCUAAUACAAACAUUUGGGCAUUUGGAGUACGCGUUAAAAUUACCCGAGUUUAUGCACUUACGAGAGGUACAAAUGUAUCCAGACUCUAUAUGUCCUAACAAGGCUGCAAGUCUGAGUUUUAUUAGGCACGUCUUACAACAAGUUGUAGAAUUUCAUAAAAGUAUUGUACCUAUUAAAUACAUCCAUAUCGGCUGUGAUGAAGUUUAUCAUAUAAAUGAGUGUCAACAAUGUAAAAAACGGCAUCUGUCGACUACAGAUCUCUUCCUCCAUCACGUCAUAACAAUUACGAAAAUUGUAAAUGACUUGUCGGAAAAAACAACUGUUCUUAUAUGGGACGAUAUGCUUCGUCAUAUAUCAUUAAAAGAAUGGUACAGUAUUGACUUUCACCAAUUCCGGAACAUUGAAAUUGUAUAUUGGGAUUAUGAAUCUAAAGUUAAAGUAUCACAUGUUAAUCUCAUGAAAUAUCAUAAGAAGUUCCCAAAUAUAUGGAUAGCAUCUGCAUUCAAAGGAGCUGAUGGGAGAACUGCAAUUAUUCCUAGUGAACAAAAUAGAUUAGCCAAUCAUUUGAGUUGGUUUAACUUCAUUUGGAAUUAUAAGUUUGGCGGUGAAACUGGUGAUACGUACAAUUUCAAAGGAAUAAUAUUAACUGGUUGGUCAAGAUACAGUCAUAUGGACCCGGUAUGUGAACUUCUACCAACGUCAAUACCUAGUCUCAUAAUAAAUUUGUUGUUUAUAAAAAAAGUCAAAGAAGGGGUUGUCUAUGAUGAUGCUAAUCAUAAAGAAGAUGUAUUUUUUGCCAAUUAUUUAAGCACAGAUGUGAAAAAUAGUUUGUUAUGUAAUCGAUUACCCUCCUCAGGUAAUGAUGUAACUUGGUCUUCUUGUCUUUUCAAUGGUGUUGAACUUUACAAUGUACUAAAGCAAUAUAUAUUUAUACGCACCAUUAUAACAAAGGGUUUGAACAAUGACAAAUUUUCUUCAGCUUCAAUUGAAUAUUAUUCGAAAUUGAACUUUAUAAAUAUGAAUACUAUAACUGACAAUAUUGCGUGGUGUAAUAAUUCAUUAUACCAAUUACUCGAUGUAGAGUAUAAAGUGAGUAAUGUUAUGAAAAGAUAUUACAAAAGAGUAUUUAUUUUGGAAUAUACAGGUUAUUUAACAUUUAAUUUAAAAAAUAAACUUCACAAUUUGAUAGCAACUUUGACUAAUUAUAAGAAGAGACAUAUUUGGGAUAGAGGACCCGUUAUGUUCAAUAUAUCUGUUUUACCCUUGUUUUCAUAGAUCCUUAUACCUGUGUAACUUGCAGCUAUAUACAAUAA